AUGCGCCUUCUAUUAGGUGUGUUUCUUGGAGUUUGUUUAUUAUUAAUCGUAUAUAAAACGGCACAAAAAUCCAAAGUUCCGAGCUUCACUGCUAAAUUCAUAUCUGAAUAUUUCCAAAACAACUCGUCCGGAAUACCUCUGAGUGUGUUCCAACGAGUUCAAUCUUUAUUCCAAACCCCAUACAAAAGUUCAACUAUUGUGAUAAAACCUGAAAAUUUGACCAUUAAAUCUGUGGAAACAAGUGCGAAUGGAACAGUUAUAAUAGAAAAGCUGAAACAAUCUCUUCUAGAUGUUUGCUCGUGCGAAGACGGAAAUUGCUCUUGUUGUUUAGUUAUUGAUAUUCCGGAUUUCAGUCAUUCAGUCUGUGUAAAUGCUACAUAUAACCCAAGAACCAUCGGAUUAGUUUUAUCAAUUGGAGUAGAUGAUCAUUAUUUCAGUCAGGAGAUUUCUCUCAAAAACCCGCCCCCAGUCUGUUUCUCGGUCCCAGUUCCUGGAUUGGAACCAACCAUUUGUGUGGCUUUUACAAAAAUGGAUGUGGACCCUAAAGCUGAAAUUCUCUCCGGAUGUCUUGAUUUGGAAAUUGAACUGUUACAUUUGAGAUUGAUCGAAAUCGAUUUGGGAUGUUUCCAUAUGCCUAUUUGA